ACCAAGGCCUGUCAUUCAGACAGGGAUUCACCAAUCAAAGCUCAUUGUCCAGCACUGCAGUGACCAAUCAAAGCUCAUUAUCCAGCUCUACAUUGACCACUCAAAGCUCAUUGUCCAGCACUGCAGUGACCAAUCAACAGCCAUUAUCCAGCUCUACAGUGACAGACCAACAAAUUAAUACAAGUGUAACACCCGUGCACCAGUGUACAUGGCAAGAAGUAAACCAAAGAAUGCAUUUCCAACCCAUAACCAAACAAGAAUUACUAAGUGAAAUAAGAAAGGGUAACACAAAAGCAUCACUGGCCAAUAAAGCCCUCAACCUCCUUAAUAGUACUAUCAGUGGAGAUCUUCGAACAGCUAGGCUAGAGGGAUCUGGAGGCAUGAAAAAGUGUCACGGGACGACACCAUCACAGGCGCUUAAUAACAACAAGAUCAUCCAAGAACUCAUAAAGGGAAUUAGCCUAGAGCGCCUGUAUGGUGUCUACCCUGUGACACAAGACAAGGCCCUCAUCAUGGACCGCAGUCUGGCCAGGAAAAAAAUCAGUGAAAUGAUUUCACAACAAAAGAAGCCAAGUGCUUAUCAGACCAGGCCAGCUGUAAUCCAUAAUGGGGGCAAUAUUCCUCUGCAAAAUCAAAGGAACAUUGCAAGACCUACUCAUCAAAAUAAUACCAACAGAAAUUUGCCAAGGCAACUGGGCCUAUCAAGAUAUAAACCUUUAGCUUGAAAACAAUAUCAAAGUAUUCAAGAUUUAUUUCAGACCAAAGUUUUUACCAUAACUUUUAGAAUUCUCGCGCGCUGAUUGGUCGAGAGCCGUUGUCAAUCCUAGGACAGACGGAUGAAAUGAAGAAUCGCUCGCGCACAGAGCAGGCGCGCACUAGAAACGGUUUUGUUUUUAAAGUUUUACUUUGUUUUCAUCUUUUUUAUGGUAAAAAACAAUUCGCAGGCGGUUUUCCAUUGUCUGUACUCUUAUUGACAAUGAAAUUGACGUCAAAAAUGCUCAAAACUUUGCUGUGAGUUUUGAGCAUUUUGACGUCAAUUUCAUUGUUAAAUUCAAGUAUUGAAAAAAACAGCAACUGCAUUGUAAUAGAAGUUCCAAGACAAACAAACAAUGCAUACAGUCCAUACUGCUAUAAGUCAUGAUCAAUUGUCAAUGAGUUUGAUGAAAUUUACUUCACAAUAUUGUCAUGUGAUAUUUUAUGAAUAAAAGGCAUGAAUAUUAUUAUUUCA